UCGCCUUUUCCAACAAGAAUUUGAAAAUAAUUUCAGUAGUCAGUCGACUUUGGCAUUGUUUAGUGUUUGCACAGCAAUUAAGUUAAUUAACUCAUUUGUGUUUUUUGCUAAUUGAAUUAGGACGAGGAGCAAAAAAAUAAAUUGCCUGCAGAAAGACCAACAUCAAAUUAAAGCCACUGGGGAACUUGAAGAGUGAAAUAUAAAAACUAAAAAAAAAAAAUUGCAAUGAAAAUAUAAAAAUAAAAAAGAAAAACAAUUAAACUAAAAAACAAAAAAACAGUUAAAUAAAAACAAAAACAAUUCAGUAAAAAAUACAAAAGCGGCAAUCAAGUGCGUGGAAAGUGUUUUAAUUUUUUCAUUUACAAAUAUAUGUACAUAAAAAUGUGCAAACCUAUUGGGAGCCUAGCCGUGAAAAGUAAAAUCACCAAAGUGGGAAAUCAAAAGUGAUUGUGCAAGCAAUUACGACACUUCAACCGAAAGAGGUGAGCAACUGAUUGCGCCGCCCAAAAAAUCGCUGUUAAAUUACGCAAUCAAGUUGCUAUCUGUACGCGUUGACCAAACUGGAGCAAAAAUAAAAUAAAGUAAAACAGAAAAAAUAAAAAUAAUAUAAAAAGUACGUCAACUGCAAAAUAAAAUACUCGAAAUUAAUACUGACAGCUAGUCAGCGUGGCGCACUGUGACGCCAGCAAAGUGUUACCAUCCUCGUAGUUGCGCACCCCGCGAGCUAGUUCACUCCAUGGCGUUGUGCUGUCGUCGCCAAUAGAGAUCGACAAAUGUCCGUGCGACAAUUUCGUUAAUUAAUUGACUAGUAAUUGAAUUAAUGCACAAAUAAACACACAUACGCCAAUAAACUUGCAUACAUAACGGCAUAACGCUACUGCGCACAUUUCUGCUUGUUUAUAUGUAUGUCAGAGCAUCGCCGCUGCAAGUUUGUAGUCCAGUCAGCGAAAUUCGACACUGAUUUGCGCUAAUUUAAUGAGUUUCACUUGUUAACCGCCGCACGCGUCUCCGCAUAUAACAGCUGCUCGCUCCUUCUCCGCUUAUAUCUCCUCGCCUGGCGCUUGUGUGUGUGUGUGUGACUGUAUGGCAGUCAUGCUUAACUAUCACGAACCACAGCAUCUACAACAACCACAGGCGAUGCCACAAUUGAGUGGCUCAAUUGCUAACGCCGACAAUUUCUAUUACCCACAAACGGCGAACGUGCCCACGUUGACAUUACAUAACGCUAAUAACGGUGGCGGUCGUGCUGUCACAGCAGCGUCGGCAUUGUUGGCGUCGGCGUCAGCAUCGUCGUUGGAUCAUCUGCACAGUCUGACGCAGCAUAAUGCAUUUGCGGUACAUAAUUGCAAUAAUAGCAACAACACUAACAACAACAACAACACUAACAACUGCAAUGCCAAUACCAUUAACAUGAGCUCCGCCGCCGGUGAUGGCACAGCUUAUCGACAACAACAGCAUCAUCAUCAACAACAAGAACAUCAUAAUCAUCAUCACACACAGCAGCCGCAAACGGAUCGAAUUGCCGUUAGCGGCAAUAGUAAUAUUGUUGGCUGCCGCAAUUCCUGUUCACCCGACGAACUUACAAAAAUCGAAGAUAACUAUCCUUUGCACGUUGUUGGCAGUAAACAUUCGGAGAAUGUGAAACGUUUUUCCGUGAACAAUUUGUUGGAAUUGGCUAAUGAUUGCCGCAUUUCUGGUAAAUUGCACCAUCAGCAUCAGCAGCAGCAGCAGCAGCAACAGGAGAAUUUAGAUGGUACGCAAAUAAAUGAUCUAGAUGAUAGUUUCCGUAGCAGCAAUGACGACUACCCCGAUGCAUCCAAUUUAAUGGAGCUUACACACACAGUGGCGGUGCAGCGUCAAAAUUCACAACAUCACCUGCCGAAUUCGCACACCUCGCACAUGUUGCACCAACACAGUGAACAACAACAAAUGCAUACACAACAUUCACAGCACGUUGCACCGCCGCCACCCAUAACGUCGGCUCAACAGCAACAACAUUCACGUAAGCCACGUCGCAAUCGAACUACGUUCACCUCUGGCCAAUUGACUGCAUUGGAGAAGGUCUUCGAACGUACUCACUACCCGGACGCAUUCGUGCGCGAAGAACUGGCCAACAAAGUAGGACUAAGUGAGGCACGUGUACAGGUAUGGUUUCAAAAUAGACGCGCCAAAUUUCGCCGCAAUGAACGGAGCUCUACGUGUGGCCGCUCCAUAUUGGCGAGUACGCCACAACCAGUGCCACCCAUCAGCGUCACGCACAAAUUCGAUAAAGCCAUCGCCGGUAGUGGCAGCGCUGGUGGAUUUUUUCAUCAGCAAAUGGAUCAUGCGGCCGCAGCGGCAGCCGCUUACACUUUGAGCUUUCCAACACUUGGCAUGUAUUCAACGGCAGCAGUAGCUGCCGCUGCUGCAAAAAAUUAUGCAAAUUCCUAUAAUGCAUUUGGCAGUGGACCAGCGGUUGGUGCUACUGUGGAUGGACUCACCGGUGCCGGGGGUGGUGGAGGUGGCGGCUGUGGCUUCUUUGGUUCUUCGAAUUAUUGCGCGCCUGCUACUGGUUAUCAACACAGCUAUGCAACAUUGCGGUAUAAGGGAGCUCAAGGAUUUUAGCGCUAUGAAAUGAAAUGUUAAGAGAAGCUGCAGAUAAGUGAAUAAAAAGUACAACUUAGUUAAAUUUUCAUUAAUAUACUUAAGGAGAUUCGUUCAAUAAAAUAUUUAUUUAAUAUUA